AUGGCCGAAGCCAAUCACGUUAUCAUGGAUGGCGUUUCAGUCCCCUCUACUGAAGACUCACGCACCCCUCUUUCUCGAAUCCCCGCCCGACCCGAACGAACAAUUGAGAUCGACGACAUUGACAUUGAGACUUUCGACUUCCUUGUCAAGUGGCUCAUCACUACCGACAAAGAUGUUGCGAAAACAGUGAGCAAACAUGCUCUGCAUGUGGAGUAUGUUGCAGAAGCCUGGCACAGGAUCAUGCCCAUGUUGAACACCUACAUCUUCGGAUACAAGUACAACAUCUGGAUAUUACAAGUCGCUUCACUCACUCAGUUGGCACUCUACAUGCAAGCGUAUAUUGAUCAUCGCGAACCGCAUGACUCUUCCAAGUGUCGCUCAACCGGCAACCAAUUUCCACGCAAACAGAUCGCAUUUAUCUACGACGAAAAAAAACGCAGUAACUUCAUAGCCCUACGUCAAUUGCUGGUCGACAGUUUCUGUGCUGCAGACAUGGAGGAGCGCUUGACUUGUGAGAAACUGCUCCGCUAUCCAAGUGUGUUCUUGGUCGAGGUGACACACAGACGAUUGGAGCUAGCCGCUUCGAAAGGAACUGGUGCGGAAACAGAGGGUAUCCUGCAAAUUCACUUGUAUCGUGCCGAGCUCAUGGGCUUGAAGAGGAAGCGGGCGGAUUGA